GACUUACAUCCUCAAAUCUCCUGCUUUACAUUUUGUACUCUCGCCGCCUGGUACAUACGAAUGGAUGAUUCGGAUGACUACUUUGGCGACGAUGACCUAGUUCUGGAUGAAACCACCCUUGCCGUGCUUAAACAUGAAGAGAGUAAAUUCCAGGCAUCACAACUGCAGACGCAGCAUGUGGACCGUCCUGUCCAACCUCCCCCUAAGAAACAGAAGACCCAUCAUGCUUGGAGCAAUCCGCAACUCCAACGUAAUAUAUCCCUUGACGCUAAUGAAUUCCCAGAGAUAUCUAUUCAAGGAGAUGGGACCUAUGGCAUUCCACGUCUGGGAGGCAAGCAUGCUCAUCCUGCUCACAAUGUUGUCCAUCCAACUGCUCGAAACAUUUCAAAUCCACCUGCAUUAUCCAGGACCUCUUCUUCCUCCGGGGUCAAUCGUAGACCAUCACCAGCCGUCCGACGACCUCCAGGACCCAUAAAUAUUGCACAAAGGCCUCGGACUCCCGUACCUGCUCCGCAACCUUUACAAAGAGCUCCUUCAAUACCUCAGCUCACACAGCGGCUCAAUGGCACUCAGCUGUCCCAAACAACCCAGGACAAGGAUAAGAGGAAUCUACGUCUCGAGUUGGAGCUUCUGAAGGCUCGAAUGGAGGAGGUCGAUCAAACGCAAGCUGAAUUAAAACGAAAGCUACAAGAAGCUGAGGAGGCACGUCUAGCUAAAGAAGGCGAGGUGAAGAUUCUCCGAAGUGGAAUCGAGAAGACCGCAGAACAGCAUGCUGCUGAGUUGGAUAAACUCAGAGCAGCUAAGGAAGCGACGGAAGCUAAACAGGUCGAGAUCCAGAGGAAACUGAGGGAAGAGAUGGAGGCUAUGAGGACACAGUUCACGUUCAGGCAACAUGAACUUGAGACGGGGACUCGAAAGACCCCUUGGACGGCUCGGACUAAGAGAAUCGAUAAAUUUCCGUCAUCACCAAUGCCAGUCCCUUCGCAAAUUCGUCAAUGGAGCGCAGGGUCACAGGCCAAUGUUCGAAGGAAUUCUUCUCCGACUCCCCGUCGAUCUCGCUUUGAUCUACGAAGCGGUAGUCCUGAACAACCAUCGCAGAGGGCUCGCAAGCAAUCACUCACUCAACCAUCCAAAGAACCUCCGAAACUUCCGGGCUUCCAAAAUGCUUUCCAGUCAACGCCAUUAAAGAACGCGAGUAAGCGUAAGCAACGAGAGAUGAGUUUGAGUGACCAAACUUCGACUUUUGAUCCUGGUGCUGCGUUUUCAUCGCCGCCAAGUUCGCCAAUCCAGCCUCCGAAGUCUCGCCUACCCUCAGAAGUGUCUGAUUCUCGUACAGACAACGCUAUUGUACUCCCCACUCAGGCUCACCUGGAACCUAGGAACGAGAUAGAUGACUUCUUUCAAGAUCGAGGUGGCGAGUCGAGUAUUGACGUGGAAAUGGGCGAUGUCGUGCAAGAACCUUCUGUUGCAGGCGCGGGGACGUCCGAUGAGGCCAUGGAAAUUGAACCCCCAGAUCCUACAGAAGAGCUCAAACAUAUCGUCUUGACCCACUCUAUGCCCUCUGACGAGCCAAGGCAGCUGACUUUUCAACUUCUCUUGGGUUCGGCACUUCCUCCUUCAACCUCUUCAGACUGUCUCUCCCGUUAUAACUCAGCCUCUGCUGAACUACUGGGAACACUUGGCUCUACAGCCAAAUUGAUUGACCACAGCACUCACCUUCGUAAUGCCGCCCAUGCGCUCAUAACCAUGGCGAAUAUCCUACUUGCCAAUGCUUCAUUUUCCCCCUUGGCUGCUCUCCUCCACCUGAUACGAGUUCUUUUAUACUCUAUACCAGCAAUCGCUGUGUUAUUUCUAGCGAUCCCCUCUUCAGAUACAGAAAAUGACUCGCCAGCCCUCGUAAUGGCUCUCAUAUGUGGUAUAAUCACCCGCCUUGACCCAGCGAAGGAUGAUUAUCCAAUAGACACUGCGCCACCCCUGAUGUCGGAAGUUCUAGGACUGCUAGAGACACUGUGUUGGAGUGCGCCCGAGAACUUGGUUGAACGACUCGCUAUCAUACCGCAGAAGCAUGAGAUACUCAUGCUUCUAAUAUCGCCCUUGCAGUGCCCUGCUAUUUUGCGGCGCUCUAUCAGAAUGUUGGCAUUCCUCGCCUCUCACGCCGAGCUGUUUCGUCACUUCCUGUCGUAUCCUGGGAUGUCUGAGGGAUCGUACAAACGCUACAGGAACAUUCCGCAAAUCGAACAAUUGGCGGAGUAUUUGAAAGAUGAAGAGCAUCGAGGGCCUGAGUGGGACGGAUUGAAAGAGGAUGUCCUGAGCUUGAUUGCUGCUUUAGCCAUUGCCAAUACCGAAGCCGUCAGCAUUCUUAAUCAGUCUCAAAAACUCAUCCCCUCCAUGAUUCUGUACCUAUCGAACCUCAGUGCUGCCUUCUGGGAGGAAGACGAAGAUAUAACGUCUUCUGUUGAUAGGGCUUCUUUCGUCAUGCGACUUAUCAACCGAAUCACCUCGUUGUUAUUCUACAUGGUCUUUACGCCGUCGCCUAGAUAUAGUCUGGCUCAGCGACUUCACUACACCCCCGCGCGCCCAUUUAACGGCCUCGCCCACAUGUUCACUAUCACCAUGAGUCGUUUCGCCUUCGCGGAUGUUCCUCCAUGGGUCAGUCCCGAGGUGAAAAUAAUGUUGGAGCACACUAACGAUUUGGCUGCUAUCUUGCUUGAAUUAGUGCUGGAAGGUCCAGAGCUGGAGAUGGCUUGGGCUGCAUUCCAACCUGAUCCUGAAAGCGCACGCCGGCAUGCUGAGGAGAAUGACGAUGAACGAGAAGCCCGUCUAGCUCACCCAGCAUCUGAAGAAGAGUGAUUCGCGUUGUAUGCUAUGAUCUAUGGCCUUAUGUCACUUCGAGUAUGUACCCUCUAUGAUCCGAUAUUCUUCACAUAUGUAGCAUACGCUUGUUGUAUUACUUAGCCCCUCCUGCGUGCAACCCGUCUCUCAUUCGCAUCAAGAAUAAUUAGGGCGAAAGCAAUUCACGUUAUGCUCGCCUCGAUCGUAGUGGGGGCAUGGGCUGUGGUAGUGCUGCAGAUAAUCUUUGCUUCGCCUCAC